AACAACAAAAAGCAAAAUGCAACAUACACUUCUGCAAAAUGGAAUGUUUGGCGGGUAUCGCCCCUGCAAAUCUUCUUCUACGCCCAUCACACUUUUGCUCUUACAACACUCGCAAAGCUUUUAGAUUAAACGCCAAUUUCAACCCGGCCCGGCCCGAGGAAGAAGACCCGUUACUCCGCUUUGCCACUACUCGUGCUUCACUUCGUUUCAAAGAAACUAUUUCUUCAGAGCCUCUUUUUAUCGACACGUAUUCGGCCUGUUUCGGUCCUACUGCUGAGUUGGAUGCAGAAUACCAUAGCAAUCACUACUGUCUGGCCACUAAGUUCAUCGAUGAUAAAUUGCUUGCUGUGAUCAAGAAUAUAGAUGGAGUUAAGCAGGUUGUUCUGUUGACAGAUGGCAUGGAUACGCGGGCAUAUCGUCUCAACUGGCCCAGUUCUACCAUAAUUUAUGAUAUAUCUCCAGAAAAUGUAUUCAAUCGAGCAGCUCAAAAGCUCAAAGAUGUCGGGGCAACGAUUCCAAAAAACUGUAUAUUACUUCAUGUGCCAGUGCAGUCAUUUAAUAUGGAACAACUAUGCAUGAAAGGAUUUACUGGUAACCAACCAAGUCUAUGGGUAUACCAGGGGUUUCCUGUUGUGAAUUUGGUACACUUUAAAGAGAUCCUAUCUCUUGUCAGUAGUUUAGCCAUGAAGGGAUGCCUGUUUUUGGGAGAAUUGCCUGUCUGGUUGGUAAAAACUGAAAUCGGGGUGCAGUGGCCCAUAAAUCAAUGGCUGGACAAACUUUUCAUGACCUACGGUUUCAGAGUGAAUAUUAUUGCCUAUGAUGAAGUUGCAAGAACCUACAGCAAGCACUUGAUUCCAGGAGAGCACACAAGCAUCCUUUUUGUAGCUGAACACUUGCGGUUUUCUGAUGAUCAGAUGGAAACUUGGAGAAACGUAUAUCAGAGGUUAGAGGAAGAAGCAGAUGAAGAAGGUUUCGAGGAGCUAUAAAGAUAUCUUGUAAGACAGUUUUUUUUUUUGUUUUUUUUGGGAGUGCUUUGUUGUAUGUACCUCUUGCAUUCUUAAAUAUUUUUUUUACGUUACAACCACAUUACACUUCUGCCAUUGAGAUACUUCAGGAACAUC